AUGGCAAUUGUGUACUGUGGUAGGGCGCGUAGGGUUUGUGGUAUUCAAGUCAUGUCGGGUGGUAGUGGGGGAAGCGUUAUAUUGUUCGGAAUUCAGAAAUGUAGCCAGGAAGGAAUAUAUGAGCUGUGGUAGUAUUUGACAUUCGUCCUCCCUUCGUGAUGAUCCCACGGUGUGGGGUCACAUGUGAGACUGAUAGUGUACUGACGGUACUGACCAUUUGUCUUACCGAGAAUUUGGCUAGAUAGCCUUUGUGUUUCAAAAGUGACGUUAUGGUUCUCGGGGACUAUAGUAGCCCCAACAGAGGGUGCAGUUUUCGCAAGGUUCAGCUGUAGUUCUGGCAAUGUUGCCAUCUGAUACAGAUAGUGAAAUUAGAGUAAACGGGCGCAGAAUCCGGUUCUUAGUUGAACUAGUGUAAGGGAGGAGUAUUUUAACUUCAUUAAAUGGUUCUAAUUGCACGUAACCUACAUCAACCGGUAUGUUAGGCAAUUUCGAAACACUAUUUAGACCAUCAAAAUCCUUACGAAUUUCGCGACAUAAAGCAAUUAAUUGUAGGAAACUACAAAAUUACGUGUACGCUUUCAUUUUAGCAAACAAAAAAAAUUGAAUUGUGGAAUUUCGAGAAGCGAAGAGAUAAUGAAGAUGCACUUUGCGUGGAAUGAAACAACCUGAUGUCUCAUUAUCUGCCAACGGGGCAUCGACCGCCUUAGCGCGUCGCUAGCUCGCCAGGGAGUGGUAGUUUGGUAGCCAACAGCACCAAUGUACUGCUCGGCCUUCCGUUGUAUGGUUGGUGAUUCGCCGACCAUUGGUGUACAAUUUGCCGACCAAUCAUUGGGAAAGUGCUGUCGAAAAUAUCCAAUUGUUUAUAGUCAAAGCUGAAUUAGGACCAACACUGUGGAUUCUGGCUUCAAGCCAAUUACGAUGGAGCAGCAGUUGGCUAGUGAUGGGCAGGUGACAGUGAUGCAGGCUGUCCCAGCUGGAGCGGGCGGACAGCAAGUUCAGGUGUUGCAAGUGAAUCAGGCUGGCCAGAUGCUACAUAGUGGCGGGCAGCAGAUAAUGCUGCAUGCAGUUCCACAGGGGGCACAGGCUAUACAAGUAGCAACGCAGAGUGGCCAAGCGCUUCAGCAGAUACAAGUGGUGCCUGUUUCAAGUCUGCAGAGCAGCAGUGCACAGCAGAUAGUGAUCCAACAGCCACAACAAGCACAGAUCAUCCAGACUUCGGAUGGACAGACGUUCAUCUACCAGCCCAUGCAACUAGAUGGUGUCCAGCAAGCACAGCCCACAGUUAUCAACUUAAAUGGAAAUUUAGUUCAGUUGGCUGGAACAAACCCCACAGCCGCCACAACUGCAGGCACACCCGCUGCCACCCCCCAGGCCGCAGUCACCAGCCCCAGUGCAACCAGUGUUGCAGCUGCAGUGCCCCAGGCGAUGGCUGUCAAUGGUGGAAACAUCGUCAUGAUGGUGCCCGGUACUGGUGGCGUUCCACAGUUCCAACGAAUUCCCCUUCCUGGAACUGAGUUCCUUGAGGAGGAGCCGUUGUAUGUAAAUGCAAAACAGUACAGGCGGAUCCUGAAGAGAAGACAGGCCCGUGCGAAACUGGAGGCAGAAGGAAGGAUACCAAAAGAAAGACCGAAAUACCUCCACGAGUCCCGCCAUCGCCACGCAAUGAACCGUAUCAGAGGAGAAGGAGGGAGAUUUCAUUCUGGAUCAGUUAAGAAACGAAAUUCUCUCCUUCACCACAACAGUCACAAUGUAAGAAGUGGACUAAAUAUUCCUGUUACAUCCACCAGCUCACAGGUUGAUACGGACAACAUUGGCUCAGCACUUGUUAUGGAGGGCGGAGGCACAGCGUUGCCAGACAUGAUGUCUGACCCUUUAUCUGUGGUGGCUUCAGAAAGCCAGUAGGACGAACAAGAAAUGUAUGAGUGUGAAGAUACGUAAAAAUACUGCCAUGUCUGUAAGUGCACUGGUGAGGUGGAGCUAUGUAAUACAACAGUACACUCUACCUGAAGUGCUGUGCCUGUGUCGCUGUAUCACAAACUGAAGGAGGGCAUUACGCCAGACAGAUAUGAGUGUUUAAACCUGAGUGUAUAAAAGAAGCAAGCAGAAGUGUGUAUCUGAGAUAACUGGAGGAGACAUUUUGCGUUGUUCUACUGAUCUGUUUGUGAAGUUCCUUUUCUUAUUGCUUAUUAUAUUCUGCUGUAAAUAUUAGCACAGUUCUGCAUUAAUAUACAUAUAUUUAUGUAUAUUUUUUCUAGAUUCUUACUGUCGAAAGUACAAGAACAUUUCUAUGUAAUUGUCACCGUACACCUCUGUUUGACGCUGACUUUGAAUUUGAAUGUUGUCAGAAUUUUUUAAGACCCCUGACUCACUUGUCAAUGUAAAGGUUACAGUACUGCUGGGUAAAUUUUAUGUCGUUUGUUUGAAUAUUUGGUGUCAUAUUACAAUAAACCAGUUUUGAUACUGAGGUCAUACCAUUCAGUCCUGAGACCUGUACGGAACAUAUCCCGUCAGGUGUGGUCUGACAUAACCGUUAUGAUGCUACAUGAGGGUUGGAAAGAUAAUGUUGGUAGUGAGGGUAGUUUGUUGGCAUCCGAGAUGAAUUACAGUUUCUCAGUAUCAUCCGUGGCUUACAUUUGUGGCCGAUGAUGGAUGCUAUCACCAGAAUGAUUUCUUUUUGUGCCAACGAAGAAGUCACCUUGCUGCUUUGCUUAUGUUUUCUGUCCAGCAGAAGAACCUUACUGAUAGAGUGUCUUUAUGUUUGAGGCAAGAUCACAAUCAUAAGAAGGAUUUGGUGUUUUUCAAGAUUUUCCCGCUGCUGUUGUGCCAUUACAUCAUCGAUACUGAUGGUCACAUGUGUACAUACCUUGCAGCAUGUGAAAGCACACAGUGAGGUGACAGUGCAUGGCUGCAGUAUCCGCUGUACACGUGCAGCAUUGACUGAAUAAGCCCAUCACACCUGUUCGGGAUGAUCUUGCUUAUCCCCAUCCCUGUGCUGACCAUCAGAAAUGCAACUUUCAUCAUGUAACCAUCCCAUAUGCUUUUGUUCCUUGCAGCCAACCAUCCUCUGCGUAUGUUCUGGUGGAGCCCGGAUUUGUAUCGAGGAAUCUUGAACCAACUGCAUAAACAUAUUUUCGGACGGCUAGUUGUUGUGACAGCCUGACUUAACUGUACGACUUUCACGUGCAUCACAUUGCGUGUUGUUCUUGUUGCAAUUUUCUUCAUCCCUUAUGCAACCACUUUCCCCUAGUCUUGUAUGAUAAUGUUUAAUUUUUCAUAGAUGUGCUGUUGGAACAUAAAGAAACCAAUAUAUAUUUUGAUUUUGAAAGAAGACGGAGGCUUUAAAAUUUGUGACUGAAUUCGUGAAGAAGAAGGCUAAAAUUUCAGGUUAUUGAGAUCAUUAUCGGCAGAAUAUUGCACAAUGGAAUAAGAGUGAUUCUGCAUAUAUUGUACUUAAGAGUGAUGUUAAAUUUACAGACAUUUAUUUAAAAAAAAAACAUUUUGAGCUUAACAGGAUGUUCACAGAUGAUAAUUAAAUGAUUUUUAGUUUAAAAUAUUGUUUGCUCCACACAAAUAACCUGUAACAUUGACAGAUGUAAUGUAGCAAUAAAAGUACAAAGCUGUAAUAGUAGUCAGUCUUCUUACUGGUGUGAAAACAGUUUCAAUUUUGGCUGUCGUGGUGGUGGUGUUGAUGGUGGUGGUGUUUCAGUACAGUGCUUAAAGUGGGGCAGGAUGCUCUUGUCACAAUAACAACUGCUCACUUAUCUGUACCAGAGUUUCUAAACAUUGUCCUGCUAAUCGCCCACAAAUUGACUUCGUUCCACUUUCUUUUCAUUUCCACUUCAAGCACUGUUCAGACGUUUAAAUAUCUUCUAUUCAAGUAAACAGGUACUUGUUUUAUAUUUGAAUUUUAUUAGUGUUGGUAUGCCUCGUACAUUUGUAUGUUAUGUUGUCCUGCCUUUGACAGAAAUAAGCUGAUUUCUAAAAUGUUUGUAUAAUGUAAUUAAAGUACAUAAAUCAUUUU